AUGACAACUCCUUCCUCACCUGGCGACUCUUCGCUCGCUACUUCGGUAUACUCACUACCUGCAAAAUCCCCAACCGAAGCGGAGCAAUACAAAGCGAGGGCAUCCAAUUGGAGAUUUUCGACAUUAUGUGCUUCCGUAGAUAACAAAGAUCAAUAUGGAGCGAGCUCAACUCCUAUCUAUCAGACCGCUACUUUCAAGGGAAUGGAUGGUCAGUAUGACUACACACGUUCUGGUAAUCCAACAAGAGGUGGACUUGAAAACCACCUCGCUCGAUUAUACGGGGCAACGCAGACCUUCGCCUUAUCCACCGGUAUGACGUGUCUUGAUAUGAUUCUACGUCUUGUCAAACCUGGAGAAACAGUCUUAGCAGGUGAUGAUAUAUAUGGAGGAACCAAUCGACUUCUCACUUAUCUCAGUUCCCAUGGCGGAGUCAAAGUAAUUCAUGCCGAUACCACAAAUAUUGAAAGUCUUCGACCUCAUCUUGGAUCUGGAAAUAAAGUUAGAAUGGUGUUACUUGAAUCUCCGACAAAUCCAUUACUCAAAAUCGCUGAUUUAGAAGAGAUAUCAAAAGAAGUCAAGAUUGCAUCGCCAGAUGCAUUGAUAGUAGUGGAUAAUACUAUGAUGUCUCCUUAUCUUCAACGACCACUAGAAUUGGGUGCCGAUAUAGUCUAUGAUUCCGGUACUAAAUACCUUUCGGGUCAUCAUGAUCUUAUGGCCGGUAUAAUCGCAGUCAAACGACCUGAAAUCUGCAAAGAUAUCGCAUUCUUGAUCAACUCUGUAGGAUCUGGACUAGCUCCUUUCGAUUCCUUCUUACUUCUCAGAGGAGUUAAAACAAUGUCAUUGCGAAUGGAUAGACAAAUGGCUACUGCUCAACUAGUAGCUAUAUAUCUUGAUACAUUAGGUUUCUUAGUUCAUUAUCCAGGCUUGAAGAGUCACCCAAAGAGAGAUAUUCACUGGAAACAAGCUACUGGUGCUGGGGCUGUCUUAUCUUUCGUCACUGACGAUAAAGCCUUGAGUGAGAGGAUAGUAGGUGGAACUAGACUCUGGGGUAUCAGUGUAUCUUUCGGAGCAGUGAAUAGUUUGAUCUCCAUGCCUUGCUUGAUGUCCCAUGCUUCCAUCUCGGCCGCUGUUCGUGCUGAGCGAGGACUUCCCGAAAACCUCAUUCGAUUAUGUGUUGGUAUCGAGGACCCCCGAGAUCUUAUGGAUGAUCUCGAGCACUCACUCUUAUCAGCAGGCGCUAUCACACCCAAUCUUUCCCACUCACCUCUCUCACAUUCUCGUUCCGCCGAACUCUACGUAUCUGAUCCGGAAGCGUGGAUUCUCGAGCGAGCCAAGGGAUUCAAGCGACCUUCUACCGAAUCUAGCGCCAUCGAUAAACUGGUAUCAGGCGUUAAGAAGGGUCUUGGAUUCACACCAACUGAGCGAAAAUCACUCGAGGAAGAUAUCGUUGUUUCAGCUCCUGGCAAAGUCAUUCUCUUUGGUGAACAUGCUGUCGUUCAUGGAGUUACUGCGAUAGCUUCUUCAGUGAACCUCCGAUGCUUCGCUGUAUUAUCCCCUCGAUCAGAUGGCAAAGUAGGAUUAGAAGUACCAAAUGUUGGUGUAGAAGCCGAAUGGGAGAUCUCAAAAUUACCUUGGGGUUUAUUACCUGUUCACUCAAAUUCACAUCGACACAUCGCGGAUAAAGAUCUCGAUUCAUCUUUACUUCAAGCAAUCGAAAACCUUGUUCACGAUCACGCCGAAUUAGGUCAAACCGGUCUCAACUCUUGUAUUGCUUUCUUGUAUCUUUACAUGGUAAUGGCCGGUGCCGAUCUCAAUGCUCCAUCCGUUACAUUCACAGCUACGGCAAACCUCCCUAUCUCCGCUGGACUAGGCUCGUCGGCUGCUUAUUCAACCUGUGUAGCUUCAGCACUUUUGAUCGCCCAUUCGCAUAUCUCCAAACCUACUAACAACCAAAGACGACUCACGGAAGGCGAUACAAACAUAGUAGAUGGUUGGGCAUUCUUAUCCGAAAAGGUUUUACACGGUACUCCUAGUGGAAUAGACAACGCGGUAUCUGUAAGAGGCGGUGCCGUCGCUUUCACCAAGUCAGUAGGAGGUAGGAAGGGCGGUUUAGAUGGAUUGCAUGGUUUCUCUUCAAUCCGACUACUACUUACCAAUACUCUGGUACCAAGAGAUACAAAGACUCUGGUAGCUGGAGUCAGUGCCAAACGGUUGGCUGAGCCCCAUGUAGUAGACCCCAUCCUUGAUGCUGUCCAAUCAAUUAGUGAUGAGGCUUCGACUUUGCUUAGUGGACAGACUCAUGUAGACAGAGAGGAGUUGAUCUCUCGUCUUGAGAUUCUCAUCAAAGAAAACCAUUCUCAUCUUGUCAACCUCGGUGUCUCUCACCCUUCGCUUGAGGUAGUAGUUGCUGCCACCGCUGCUGAGCCUUUCGGUCUUGCUACUAAGUUGACUGGAGCUGGUGGUGGUGGAUGUGCAGUAACGUUGAUCCCAGAUGAUUUCCCCCAAUCCUCCCUUGAUGCGUUGAUAACUACUCUUGAGUCUCAAGGGUUCCAACCUCAUCUCACUUCCGUAGGCGGACCUGGACUAGGUAUACAUGUCUCCAGACCUAAAGAGGAUAAGAUUCGUACAUCAGAGGAGGGAGAAGGUAUGGUCGUACCUAUACGUGCUACACUGAGGGAAACCCCUAUCGAGUCAUUGGAACAAUGGUCUCAAAGAAUCGGUAACUGGGUUCAUACGUAG